AUGACUCCCUCUGCCAGCCUGCUGCUGCUGCUGCUGCUUGGCCUCUCUUGGGGAUUUCCUGUGGAGGAGGAAGGAAGCCCAGAAGAAGAAGAAGAAGAAUGGGAAGAAGAAGGGGAAGAAGAAGAAGACACCGUCGACAUGACCACCAGGAUUCUGAGCACCAACAACGGCUCCACUGAGAACCUGGUGGAAGGAGACUUGCUGAUUCCCACAACCAGAAACGCCAUAAGAUGUCAGCGCUGCUUUUGGAAGAAAGCCAACGGUGUGGUGACGAUCCCCUACGUCGUGAGCAGGCAAUUCAGUUCGUUUGAGAUUAGAAAGAUCACAAACGCCAUGAAUGCGUUCACGAGAUCGACCUGCAUCCGCUUCAAGCAGCGUGCCAGAGAGUACAGCUACAUCAGCAUCGAGAACCAAAGGGGAUGUUUCUCUGCUCUGGGCAUGAAUGGAGGCAAACAGGUGCUGUCCCUCAACAGACAGGGCUGCCUCUACCACGGCAUCAUCAUUCACGAGCUCAUCCACGCUCUGGGCUUCCAGCACGAGCAGACCAGGAGCGACCGCGACUCCUAUGUCAGGAUCAACUGGCAGAACAUGAACCCACAGAUGGGCAACAACUUCCAGAAACAGAACACCAACAACCUGAACACUCCCUACGACUACUCCUCCAUCAUGCACUAUGGUAGAACAGCCUUCAGUAUCAACGGGAGGGACACCAUCACCCCCAUCCCCAACGCCAACGUGCAGAUCGGCCAGAGGCGGGGAAUGUCCCGCUGGGACGUCAAGAGGAUUAACCUGCUCUACAGAUGUUAA